CGAGACGCGCCGGACGGGCGGUGUUCGGCGAAGCGUGACGAGUUGAUGCGACACACUCACAGUGGCGAGCGGCCACCGACGACGGAUCGUGAUGAGUUUGACAGCGGCGACGAUCGACGCAACAUUCGCCGAGUGACGCGCGCUUCCGAUCGACGCGAGGGAUCGUCGUGAGUGAAGAGAAGAAUAAACUGGGGGACGAAGAAAGAGAGAUAAUACGGUGUCGAAAGGAGAACGAUCGAUCGAGUGACGGGAUGCGGCCGAGGAGAGUUUCGUAAUAUAACGCACUUCGCCCAAGUAUUCGCGCGCGCUCCUUAGUAUGGCAGAAUGGUUGGACGUAAAUUGCUGCCGUUGCUGAUACUCUUCCUGACAGGAUGGCAGGAAGCAGUGGCCGUGGUACCGGUACGGUACGUCGCCGUGGAUGUGGGUAAGGACUUGAAGCUGGCCUGCGCCGAGGAAAGCGCUCUUCCUUCGCAUUCAAACGAUCCGGUAGGAGUAAUGUGGGUAAGAGAGGGUCGAGAGGACGGGCAAAUCGAGCGCCUGAUAGUGGAGACAAACGGUGUGCUGGAACUGUUGAACGUUAGUUCGGACGACGCCGGCAAUUACUCGUGCACCUUGGACGACGAUCACGAUGCCCUGAAAGCGAGGAUCAACGUGGAAGUCAGGACGCCUCCACCAGCCUUGCACAAUGUGUGGGUCAAGCCGUCCACGAUCUUGGCCAACAUCCUCUGGGAGGUGGGUGAUACCGGCGGAUAUCCUAUCAUAGACUUCACUGCCGAAUAUCGUCUAAAACCACCCGCGGGUGAGAAACCGGAAGAGUGGAAGCCCAUUGUUCCAACGCACAUUCCUCCGAAUUCCAGGCAAAUAGAUGUGUAUCACUUGGUGCCAAACACGACGUACUUGUUCCGAGUGUGGGCAACCAAUCAGUUGGGGAGAGGCGAGAUCGUGGAGGUGGAGGGUCACACGCAUCACAGCGUGGAGGAAUUGGAACUCGCCCGACACCUUUUAGCCGGCGUAGAGAAUUUCGAUACGCGUGUCUGGGUGGCAGCCGUAGGUAUUGUCAUGGGCACACUUAUGAUUCUCGGUUUAGGUACUUGUUACCUGCUGUAUCGCGAGUGGAAAAUACCCUCGCAGCUGGAGGAGCAGGAGGUAAUUGAGCUCGUGCCGAACAUCAUUUUGAACCCGGGAUUUUUCGACGAGCGCACCGAGCACAUACCGCAGGACGAGAACUUCAACAAUCAGACAACCACGCGCCUCAACAACAAUAGCGUCGUGCAACCUAGACGGCUCUAGCGUAUUUCUCGUUUAUCUUAGAAGCGCCUUCGAAGCAACAACGGACACGAACACGUCUCUCUCUCUCUCUCUCUCUCGACGUCGUCUUGAAACGAGUAAGUAAUUCACCGCUAAAGGCCUCGACUUCGAAGAGAGAAAAGGAAACAAAAGUCGACGAUAGAAUAGGAAAGCAAGACUACCUAGCGAUUACGGUGAAAGAAUACAUGUCUCGAGACGUUAUCUUCAGGAACCGUCAGUCGCUUCGCAGUGUCCCGCCAGUCUCGAGUUUUCCGUUUGUUAUCGGGGAUCGAACUAGGAGGGAACCGGCUUUUAUUCUAAAAAAGAAAGGUUCUCCAGGAACCUUCGUUUUUUUAAAGCGACUUUGUGACGAAUCUUCCGGAACACGCUCGCGGAAAGCCGUCGUGGUUCUUGGAAGAUUUCUAGAUUAAGCUCUCGAGAGCAGCGAACUUGAGUAGAUUAACUUUUUAUACACAGUGAUGUGCGGAAAUUGUAAUCGCGCGCGCAACACAGUCGGUGAUAAUAUUUCUCGCGGCUUAGGAAUAUUGACAUUCCGAUUUUAAUCGUGACUCUUAGAAUCGCAAGAGAUUAUCCGAUCUCAUGAUACAAAGAAUCCUUCGAGUAAAAUUUUCGGUAAAAUUUCACUGUUGAACUAAUUAGUUUCUAUAUUUUACAUAUUAUUUUUUUUCGCGCAAUGAGAUCGCUAGAGGAACAUCUAUUUCCGAGAAUCGGAAAACAUCUCUUCCAUGUGUGAAGUAGUUGUUAAUCUUGUAGAAACUAGCUUCACCGACAAAAGAGACUGUCGAAACGGAAGGAAUUGAAGAAAAAAAAAACGGUUCCGUGUUCUCGUCCGACCCCUGAUUAACGAAACGCGACACAAAGUGUUCAAAACCCAAAAGAGCGUAAGACUCCACCAGACUUCGUGAGGAGGUUAAUAGAAUUUUUUGGAGAUGUUUACUGCAGGACGUUCUCACUCCCGUUAGUCUCCCGACGACACUCACACUCGACCGCUCAGACUGAUCGAGCUUAAAGGCGAAGGAAAGGACUCCUGUCAAGCCAAAAGAAUCGUAGUAAGACUGUAAAACUCUAAGAGAUAAUUUCGCGAAAUCGCGAUAAUCGAACGGUAUCGUGUCAGGAGGAAAAUGUAUUUUGCACUCGUUUACUUUUUCCGAGAAGUAACGCGGCGAAUAGCGAGUAUUGUUCUUUUUCUAAAUAAGAUCAUUUGUUGUUCAAUCGAUCGUACGAUGUACGAUUUGAUGAACUUACUGCCGUUUUAAGGUGUGCACAAGUCGUUGAAAGUUCCUUUCUAAGAAUGUCUGCGGAAAAUCGCUCUCUCGUUUUUGUUGUUUUAUUAUCGAUACAUAUGUAUAGAAUCUCUCUCUCGCUUUCCCCUCUCUCUCUCUCUCUCUCUCUCUCUCUCUCUCUCUCUCUCUGUAAAUAUGCUACUGCUCAUUAUGUGCUCGUGCUGCUCGUGAGAAAAAUCCCGCGAUUUCGAAGAAUUCAGAUGAAAAUGUCAUUUUAAGGCUGUCACACACAAAAUGCAUGUGCAUAGUAUAGCUGGCAUGUUCUGCAAAUCAAUAUAGCUGCUUUGAGCUGGAUGCUCAUGCAUUUGGUGUGCGACCCUUAAUCGUAAUAAUAAUAAUAAUAAUAACGCAGGUGUACAUACAUCUUUUCGUGGUAAUUCAGAUUUUAUCGAUAAUAUUUUUCACAAUAAUUCGCAUGCGAUCGUUCGAGGGAUGCGUAUGUCGCUUCAACAUACUUCUGCACCAUCUUAACACAGAAUCACUGAACUUUGUCUAUUAACUGACUACUAAUUGACUCACGUUGAUUCGCAAAAAUCAAAUUUUCCUAAACAGCAACUAAAACAUAAAAGGAGAGAAACAGGCGGGCGGAUAAA